UCUUCUUCUUCUUCUUCCUGGCGUUCUGCAGCUCCCGGACUGGACGAUUGGCUGAAGCGAGGCGCGCGCUGGGCAUCAUCGGUUCCAUCCUCUAACCCCCUGCGCAUCCCUUAUGCGCUGGUCUCGUCACGGGAUUGCUCGUGAAGAAGUCCGUUCUUGCUUCCUCUACAUAGCACGACCUUCAUUUCUUGUACUCAAAUGUAGCUGCCGUACGGGUUCUGCCAAUACUGCUGUUAGCAAUAGGAGACAGUAUAACAGCUGCGCUUUAUCGGAAUCACAUAGUGGGAGGCUUUCUUACCACGGUCAAGUCGUAAAUCUUCCAUCUAGAAGGGAGUUGAGCAAUCUGGGUUAUUCUCUGAAAGUUGCAUGUGGUGAACCGGACUCUAUUCUCCAAGCAGAUAGUUUGCAGCACCGGUUCAAAAAAUGGCAAGAACUAACGAAAAAUAAGCUCACGGCAAGCACUUUUAAUGCAGCGAUUGGCUUUUGGCGUCAGCCAAGAGUCCAGCUCUGGUUAGAAAAACUUGGCUUGAUUGAGCCAUUUUCUGGUAACCUGGCUACCUGUUGGAAUAAUAUAAAGGAAAAGGAGGCGCUUGAAAGCUACGAGCAGAUCACUAGAUAUAAUGUCGAUUUGCCUGAGUUUCAAGUUUAUGGAAACAAUAAUCCCGAAGACAGUUGGCUUGCUGCUUCACCUGAUGGAGUAGUUGACUAACUUGUUCGCGGCUUGCCCUGCAAAGGAGUUCUAGAGAUCAAGUGCCCAUUCUUCAAUGGAGAUAUGAAUAGAGCUUCCCCAUGGUCUCGGAUUCAUCUAAAUUACAUUCCUCAAGUGCAAGGUUUGAUGGAAAUUUUAGACAGGGAUUGGAUGCAUUUCUAUGUAAGGACUCCCAGAGGCAGCAGUCUUUUCAGAAUAUACCGCGAUAAGGAAUAUUGGGAUCUUUUGAAGCUUGCUCUUUCUGAUUUCUGGUGGAAGCAUGUGCAGCCAGCGAGGGAGCUGUGUAGUAAAUGCGAGAUAACUAAUCCCUUAUAUCAACUCAGAUCAUUUCGUCCUGCACCGAGGCAUGAAUUAUGUAGUCGUAUGGUCUGUGAAAGCAAGCGCAUUGUGGACUCAUCCGAACUAAUAUUUUAUGAAAUUAAUGGCCCACUCCAACGUUGACAUCUGGACAGCCAUAAAAUGAGUUAUUAGAGAAGCUUUUGGCGCGACUUAAUGUGAUCAAAAGUCAUCUCAUGCAUUGUGGAGGAUUUGAUUAGGACUUUAAGAUACAGAAGCAUCUAGAUAAAGCUUCAUGCUUCUGGACUUUAUGAUAGUGAAGCAAUCUAUGAAGAAUGCAGGGUAAAGCUUCAGACUUUUCCUUUCACCGGACUCUAAAAUGCUGGAUACUAUCACACCAAAAUGCUGCUUUGAGGUGAUGCUGAAGUACGCUAAUUGAUAAUACCAUGAGAGGAUGGGUAGCAUUCUCGUUCACUGUGAAAGAUUGUACUAAAAAGACUGGGACAUUUUUGUGUAA